AUGGAGUACGAAAAAUGCUACGUCUUUGAGCCCGACGACUCGCGCCCUGCAAAGCGUCGACGCACUGAACCUCAAGGACUGCAAGCUUCUUGGAACUUGAGGAAGAAGGCAUACCAGCAGGCCUGGGAGUCGCAACACUCUCGCAUCGUCGACAAGCUGGAGACCAUAAACGCAACAACAGUCACGGAUAUCGUGAAAUUCCUUGAUGAGACCAUCGGAACUUCUUCAGAUGGCAAAAUUCCCACCGGUCUGAUACUGGCUGGUCCAAACUCUGCGCUUCGGACAUCCAUCGCCUCGCAGGUGGCCUCGCAUAGCACGUCGGACGCACGCAGGAUCUAUGUGUCAAUUUCUUCAAAUGCAGGCUCAAAUCUGAAAGGUCUUUUGAAGACAAUCAUCCAGAAGGCAACUUCCCGCGUCGCCGACGAGGACGAUGAUGAACUCGAAGAAACGUCUGGGCCUAGGAAAGGGAGAAAGCUGCUCAACUAUGAUCUAGAAGCGUUGCGCGAGCACGUCGGAGAGCGAAGAAUCGAGCGAGUUGUCAUCGCCUUUGAGGACACGGAAGCCUUUGACAGCGAUCUACUUUCUGAACUCAUCGAACUGCUGGGCUGUUGGCAGGAUCGCAUUCCCUUCGCGUGCCUUCUGAACAUCGCCACUUCAGUCGAAUUUCUUCAGCAGAGACUCUCGCGAGGCGCAGUCAAAUGUCUGGAAGGAAAGCUUUUCGACGCCGCGCUCUCCAUGGAGGAGGUGGAGCAAGUAUUUGAAGCGCUCACGCACUCAGAUUCGACUGUGUGGCUGGGAUCUGGCCUGAUGUCGAUGAUCCUCGAGCGGCAAGCGGACUAUGUCCAGAGCAUAGAAAGCCUGGUGCAGGCUGUCCAGUACGCUUACAUGUCUUGCUACUAUGCCAACGCUCUGAGUGUCUUUCUGGAUCCUAAUCUACAUGUAGAGGAUGUCCCAGAAGACCAUUUUGAAGCUCUGCGCAAUCUGGACUCGUUCCGCACCUUCGCGAGAAAGCUGCUGGAUGGUGGCAAUACGCAGCAAUUGCGCGAGUUACUGGACUCUAAUAGCAGUCUGUUCGAGUUUGCUUUGGAAUCAGUCAAGUAUGGACGGCAGGUCAUUGCCGACUCCAUCGCUGCAACGGACGUCGUGCGCACGAUCCAGCAAAGCUUACCGGGCACCCAAGUGUCGGCGAAGUCCAGCCUCUACAUCCAAGCUAUGUCCGGGAAAUUGGCAUCUUCCCCAAUGGUCCGCUCUCUCCUUCUCGCUCUGCGCAAAGCACCGUCGAACGUUGCCGUCGAGGUCAUGCGCACCGUCUCUCGCCUUGACAUUUCGGACCAAGCAAAGAAGACUUUAGCAGAGACUGUACGAGCAUUGGAAGAUCUGAUCGCAGCCCAAGAAGACUCCACCAAGCCAUUGCGCAGUGAAGACGACGUGAAGAACUCUACUCUGAGAACCACGGUCAUUGCACAAAAAGUGGAGCUCAGCAAGCAGAAAUCCACACUCUCGAAACAGGAUGCAGCCUACACGUCGAUUGUGCGGCGCUUCUCUGAUCUAGUGGAGGGAAAUCUUUUGGCAAAACUCAUUGGUGCGCAGGAUCUCGUCCUGAACGAGAUCUUUGUGUAUGACUUGAAGUCUCCAUACCGGGAGGUAUUCAUGCCUCGACCACGCCAUGCAGUGGAGCGUGCACUUGCGGCACCUCAUGACUAUCUGGACUGCGACUGCUGUGGGCCCGAACAAGGAGGCGAAGACAAAGCAACGCUAGCAUCGUCUCAACCCGCUACUGCUGUCCUCUACCAACUGUACCUAGAGUCGGGCAAUCUCAUCAACGCGAGCGAUCUUUGGCAGGCAUUCCAGGCGGUGACCGGUGCAGAAGAGGACGAGCAGCGGGGUAUGGCACUGUUCCAACGAGCACUGGCAGAGCUUCGAUACCUUGGGUUCUUGAAGAGCACCCGAAAGAGGGUUGACCAUGUUGCAAAGGUGGCUUGGAAAGGCCUGUAG